GCAGAAAAUAGGGUGUCGAAUCUGUCCUAUAACCUCCGUUAUAUUUAUUACUAUUUAAAGAUCGAAGAUGAAUCUUUUAUGAUAAUUGUGGAUUAAUUUGUGUAAAGGUUGCCAUAAGUGAUGUUGUGUAAGAUCGUUUGUCUUCUUGCGAUCAUUCUGUAGUGUUUUUAAAAAUUAAACAUGGCCUCGAACCGAGGAAUUCAAAUCGGAUCCGCGUGGUUUCAACGGAAGCUGAAUUUGAGGCCGCAGCACCGGGGCGUGCACCUCGUCACCGAAGAGAUCCUGAAGCAGGUGCCAGAGCUGUCCCAGUUCGCGGUGGGCCUGUGCCAUAUCCAAAUUAUGCACACGUCCGCGAGUCUGGCCCUCAACGAGAGCUGGGAUCCUGAUGUCAGAGACGACAUGGAAAUGAUGCUCAAUAAAAUUGUACCAGAAGGCCUACCUUACCGCCACUCAUGUGAAGGCCCAGAUGAUAUGCCUGCACAUGUUAAGGCUUGCUUUCUUGGAUCAUCAUUGACAAUUCCCAUCACAGAUGGUAAAUUGAAUCUGGGCACAUGGCAAGGUGUGUGGCUCUGCGAGCAUCGAAAUCAUGCUGGAAGCCGAAAGGUGGUGGUGACGCUGUCGGGAUGCCCGCGCGACUCGCCGCUAUCUCCAGUAUCGGCGGCGUCAUGCUCCAGUUAG